AAAUUCCGAACAAAACGAUGUCGUGUCGCAUCUCCACAAGCUGGCAAAUCUCUCCGGUUGCGAAAUUAGACAAGGGAACUGAUUCUGUUUCCGAAUCCAAGCCAAAACCGAAACAAAGCCUAUCUCUCUCUCUCUCUCUACUCUCUCUCUAUCUUUCUGUCUUCAAAACCCCGUCUCUGCAAACAGCACAGCUCACCUGCAGGCUGCAGCAACAGCUCAACCAAAAAUGGAGGGGCUUUGGCGGGCCGCGACGGGCCAAGACCCGAGCCCAGAAGACUACACAGGGAUAGAGUUCUGGUCCAACCCGGAACGCGCCACGUGGCUGACCAAGCAAGGCGAGUACAUCAAGACCUGGCGGCGCCGCUGGUUCGUCUUGAAACAAGGGAAGCUGUUCUGGUUCAAGGAUGGUCACGUUACCCGCACGUCGACACCGCGCGGCGUGAUCCCGGUGGGCACGUGCCUGACGGUGAAGGGCGCCGAGGACGUGGUCCACAAGCCUUGCGCCUUCGAGCUCUCCACCAACACCCACGACACCAUGUACUUCAUCGCCGACUCGGAGAAGGAGAAGGAGGAGUGGAUCAACUCCAUCGGACGGUCCAUAGUCCAGCACUCGAGAUCGCUCGCGGAUUCCGAGGUUGUCGACUACGAUAGCCACCGAGGGUGAUCGUCUUCUGAAAAAUCGAUUUUCAUGACAGAAAUGAAAAAUUGGCCUUUUUUCCGUGGCUCUACUUUCUGAGGAACAGAGUAACUUGUGGCAAGUCAUUAGUUGCUGCUUUCCUGUCUUUUACAAUAAUGCAUGUGAUGUGUGUGCACAAUGGCUAUUAUAUUGGGGGACCAUGCCCCCACAAUUAAUCUUCUGCAAAAUGAGCUUGACGUGGAUUACGGCAGCAGUGACGUAGGUGUAAAAU